AUGUAUGGCGGAGAUGAAGUGUCAGCUAUAGUGGUCAACUUGGGUUCUCACACUUGCAAGGCUGGCUACGCCGGUGAAGAUGCUCUCAAAGCCGUCUUCCCUUCCGUUGUUGGGGCAGUAGAUGGAGUAGAGGCAAUGGAUGUGGAUGUUGAUUCUACAAAGACUAAUUCGAGUUCUGAGGAUUCAAAGUCUGAAAAGGAGAAGGGUAAACGCAAGCUUUAUGUGGGAUCUCAAGCCUUGAAUUACCGCUGGGAUCAUAUGGAGAUCUUGUCACCGAUCAAAGAUGGUAUAGUUUCUGAUUGGGAUUUGAUGGAAAAUAUAUGGGAGCAUGCUUUCAGGAGUUGUCUGAUGAUUGAUCCUAAGGAGCAUCCCAUGCUGCUAGCUGAGCCUCCUUUGAACACUCAACACCAGAGAGAGAGAAGUCCGAAUUUAUCUUUUGGAGUGGCGGCAGAGCUAAUGUUUGAAAAAUACAAAGUUCCAGCAUUGUUUAUGGCUAAGAAUCCUGUUCUCACGUUUUUUGCUACUGGGCGUGCUACUUCAUUGGUUGUCGACUGGUUGGAACUAAUGAGGAUAUAGUGGAUCUUGUAGAGCAUGUCUCAUAUUGGGCUCACAAGUUCCGAGCAGCAGGAGACUUGUACUGUCUUCAAGUUUCUAAAAACUUAAAUGAGAUGGCAUCUAUUUUCUCCGAGAAAUUUUUACUCUACUUAGCAUGUAAACCCGCCUCAACGUAUUCAUGGAGUUAAUUUAUAAACUGAUUGCUUGGCAG